GCAGCCCAUGACGAAGCAAGUUGCCUAGACUCCGUUUAACCUGCCGAGGUCACAGAUCUUAAUGCAGAUCAAAAAUAAAAUGGAGCUCAGAAGGCCUCUUCCUAUGCGAAGCUCACCCGCCUCAAGAAAUCAGAGUAGAUAUUGUGAUUUCCACCAGGAUCACGGGCAUAUCACGGAGGAAUGCAACAGCUUGAAGUCCGAGCUUGAGGGUUUAGCUCGGAAAGGGUUGCUAAACGAGUACAUUUCUAACAGAGACCAACUAAAAUUCGUCCGGGAGCAGGGGCGACCCCAAUCAUCCCGAGAUACAAACAACCGACUUGGAGUCGGAUAUGAACAAGCACCACCCCCGCUCCCUCUGCCCUCGCGCAUCAUUCAUAUGAUAACAGGAGGGUUGGAAGCCGGAGGGACGAGCUCAAAGCAGCAGAAGCUGUAUGUGCGAGAGGUGAAGCAUCCCAACCGGGCUCCAAAAAGGAAAUUUGACGAGGUAGAUUGGAAGAACCAACCCAUAACAUUCAGCUCCGCUGAUUUUGAUGGUGUCAUCACACCACACAAUGACGCGUUGGUCACCUCGGUCAUGGUCAAUAAUUGCGAAGUUCAGCGCGUCCUUGUAGACACAGGGAGUGCUCCGGACAUCAUGUACUACCACUGCUUCGAAAGCCUUGGCCUCGAUCCUGCCCUUCUACAGAAGUAUGACGGCCCCAUCUACGACUUCAACAAUCAGCCAGUGCCUGUGGAAGGAAUCCUCAAACUUAAUGUAGCAUUUGGCUCAGGUCGAGCCUAUGUAACCCCCUCAAUCUGAUUUUUGGUAGUAAAGAUGGCGUCAUCCU